CGCUUUCUCCUCACCCCACGACACCAGAAACCAAACACUAACCUUUUCUCAAUUGGGGCACGCACACACAAUGGCUGCAGCUAAACCAUCUCACACCACCACCAUCACACAAACCAUUGUCCCAAAAGAAAGAGCGCACGUAGUGUGUUGUAAUUGAUAGAAGUUGGUUCCCCUGUUUCCCUCCACUGCCAAGGACUAGGAACCUCCAAAAUCCAAAGUAUAGUUGUAAAUAAAAAGAUGGUUGAAAGUGGCAAGUGGCAAGCCAUAUUGUAGGUAAAAAAACCGCACUAAUAGGUUUGUGAACCUAACAGUUAGAACUUAGAAGGCUUGUGUUGAAUUUGUUUUUUACGACAUGAAGAAGGUAUCGGGAUUUAUAUUUAAUAAGGAAUUAAAAAAAAUAAAAAUGGAAAGGAGCAGUGGGGGUGAAAAGAAAAAAUGGGAAGUAAAUGGCAUGGACAUGGACAUGUUGGAGAAAUAAAUGCAGGCUAACUCCCAGAGGCAGUGGGAGAAAAGAAAUGAGUGAGGGAUGAAUUAAAUGCAGCAGCUGAGAGGCUCACCCACCCUUUACAGCUAAAGAAAAUCCCACCCUCCCUAAUUCCCUCUAACAAAUGGAGAAGGAGAACCCCUCUUUCCCUUUUUCGUUGCCUCUAACACUUGCUUCUUCUAUUCCUCCACCACUCCCAUGUCCCCUCCUCACCCUCACAGCUACUUCUCCAACCUCGGCCUCGGCUACUCCAUCGCCAUAGCCCUCGCCUUCCUCUUCCUCCUCUCCACCCUCCUCCUCUCCUCCUACCUCUGCUGCCGCGCCCGCCGCAACCGCACCCGCGCCGCCGCCCAAGCCGCCUCCAGAGCCAGGUCUGCCGACGGCGGGGUCAUCCUCCCGCGCGUGAUCUUCGUGGCCGAGGACGAGGACGAGGAGGAGGAGAGCGCCGCCGUGGGGCUGGAGCAGAGCGUCAUAAACUCCUACCCGAGGUUCGAGUUCAGUAACAGGGAGGGCGCGCGGAGCAAUAACACCACGUGCUCCAUUUGUUUGUGCGAGUACAAGGAUUCGGAGAUGCUGAGGAUGAUGCCGGAGUGCCGCCAUUUCUUCCACCAGUGUUGUCUUGAUUCCUGGCUCAAACUGAACGGCUCUUGCCCCGUCUGCCGUAACUCCCCCCUCCCCACGCCGCUCUCCACGCCGCUGCAGGAGGUCGUUCCUCUCUCCCAAUACGCCGCUGAUAGGAGGCGAACUAGGUGACGCACUCAC